AUGUGCUUCAGCUCCGGCACGUCUGGCAAGCCUAAGGCGGUCGUCUUAUCCCACCACAACCUUAUCGCGCAACUCCUUAGCGUGCCUCCCGCCUGGAUCGGUAAUUACGUGCAACCGAUGAGACGGUUCGAGUACCGUCCAUAUCUCCAAAGAGCCGCUGAGCUGAAGGCCAACAUACUGCGGCUGGUGCCUGCGACGGCUGUGAGGAUGACGAAAGACCCAGAAAUCAAGAAUCUUGAUCCGAGUGCCGUUCACACCGUCAUGUGCUCUGGCUCACACUUAUCCAGCGAUACCGUUGUGGCACUCCAUCAAAUCUUAAGCCCAGAAGCAACAAUGCUCAACGGCUACGGCAUGAGCGAGGCAACCGUGACGCUCCUCCGCAACACUCGCGGUGGUCAAAAGGGUGCCAGCGUCGGGAAGCCAGCUGCGGGCAUGGAGGUCCGCAUAGUGGACGAAAAUUACAACGAUGUCCAAGCGGGAGUUGAUGGAGAGUGUCUUAUUAGAGGGCCGUCGGUUUUUAUGGAGUACAAGAACAACGUAGCUGAGACUGCGGCAGCAUUUAGGGGUGGAUGGAUGUGUACUGGCGAUAUUGUUCAUGUCGAUCAGGACGGUUAUUUCUGGCUUACCGGUCGAAAGAAGGAACUCAUCAAGUACAAAGGCCAUCAGAUCGCCCCAGCGGAGCUCGAAGCAAUACUGCUUCCCCAUCCAUCCGUCACAGAUGCCGGUGUCUGUGGCGUUAGGGACGAGGCUACGCAGGAAGAACUCCCAGUCGGCUUUGUUUCCCUCUCCACGGCCAUGAGUAACAGAGAUAGAAGCCAGACAAUGGAACGUCUGAGCGUUUUCAUGGAUGCGAGGGUCUCAUCUUACAAGAGGCUCAGAGGUGGGCUGUUCUUGGUCGAGUCACUGCCCAAGAACAGCUUGCCAGAGCUGUUGAGAAGAGAGCUUGUCCGGCUUGCGGAGCGUUUGAGGAGCUCACGAGCUAGAAUAUGA